ACUCGCUGCUUACCACCACAAACGAACUCUGAAUUAUGGCGGCUUCUGCGCCGGCCACGCAUACGACUGACUUCCCGGUUGAGGGUCGCUGCAGUUACUAUGUGGAAAAGAAGAAGCGCUUCUGCAGGAUGGUGGUGGCAGCGGGGAAAAGAUUCUGUGGGGAACACGCUGGAGCCGCGGAGGAAGAAAAUGCUCGGAAAAGAAUUCUGUGUCCUUUAGAUCCAAAACAUACGGUAUAUGAAGAUCAACUAUCAAAGCAUUUGAAAAAAUGUAACUCAAGAGAGAAGCCAAAACCUGACUUCUUUAUUCAAGAUAUUAACGCAGGCUUAAAAGAUGAAACAGAAAUACCUGAACAAUUAGUUCCAAUUUCUUCUCUUUCUGAAGAGCAUUUGGAAAACUUAAUUAAGAAAUUGCAGAAAGCAGGUGAAGGUUUGAACUCUACACUUAAAGAUCAAAUUAUGUCCCAUCCAGCAUUGCAUGAUGCCCUUAAUGACCCUAAAAAUGGUGAUUCUGCAACCAAACACCUGAAACAGCAGGCUUCUAUUUUAGGUAACAUUGAAAAAUUAAAGUUACUUGGUCCAAGAAGAUGCUUUGUUGAGUUUGGAGCAGGAAAGGGAAAAUUAUCUCAUUGGGUUGAUAUUGCCUUAAAAGAUGCUGAAAAAGUUCACUUCAUCCUAGUAGAAAAGGUGACCACGAGAUUCAAGGUAGAUGGCAAACACAGAAAGAAAAAUUCAGUAUUUGAGAGACUUCAGAUUGAUAUUCAACACUUGUGUUUGAAUAAGAUUCCUUUGCUAAGCAAAGAAAAACUACCUGUGGUAGGAAUUGGAAAGCAUCUAUGUGGUGUAGCAACAGAUCUUGCAUUACGAUGUUUGGUUGAAACCUAUGCUGCCAGUUGUGAGGAAAGGAAUGAAGAACCUUUAGCCAAACGCAUAAAGAAUGAUAAAACAGGAAAAGAAAUUAACACUGUGGCCAAGAAAGGAAAUGAGAAAAAUGUCCCAGAGAAGUGGAGCCCUGUGGCUGGCAUUGUUAUUGCACUCUGUUGUCACCACAGGUGUGAUUGGAGACAUUAUGUGGGCAAAGAGUAUUUCAGGGCUCUAGGCCUUGGAGCAGUGGAAUUCCACUACUUCCAGCGAAUGAGUAGUUGGGCGACUUGUGGGAUGCGAAAAACAUCUUUGGAAGCCUCCAGUCUCAGCACAAAGAGAAAAGAUGAGCAGAACGAUGACAGUGAAGAGCAUGACGACGGGGGAUGCCGAAUCACAGAUGAAAGCAGUGGGAGUGCGCCUGGGUUCCUUACUGUUGAAGAGAAGAAGAAAAUAGGGCAUCUUUGUAAAUUGCUGAUUGACCAAGGCCGAGUCGAGUAUUUACAGCAGAAAGGAUUCAGUCCUGCUUUACAGUAUUAUACAGAUCCUCUGGUGUCUUUGGAAAAUGUAUUGUUAACUGCUUUACCAAAUCAUUCUUCAUCACCAGAAACAACUGCUUAAUGGAAAGAAAUUGUGAACAUCUGUCUUCCACCAAAAAAAAAAUUUUUUUAGUUGUAUUUUUAUAUUAAUGAAAUAUACUUUACGUAGUAGAGAUGUGAACUUUAAAAAAUGUUGUGGCCUCACUGAACUUUGGUAAUAGCUUUGUUUUUUACUUAGAAGUCCAAAUGUUAGCAAAUUCACCAAAUUCUCAAAGUAAUUCUCUUCAGCAGGGCAUCUUGAGUUAUAUUAUCCAUCAGUAUUUACAGAGAUUGGUAAAGUAGUUGAACAGUUGACUUGGUUAUCUGAAACACACAUAACACAUCAAUACACAACUAGCACAUUAGCUUUCUAUUUGUAUUAAUUUUGGAAAUUUAUUGUCCUUUGGUUUUAUUUAAUACUUUUUACUUCUCAAGUUCAAGAUGUAUAUGAUCAAUUGUCUGUACCAAGGGCCUGUCUGAGAACUUGACUUAUAUAUGGGUUUUUUUGUCCAUUCUAAUCUGGAAAGUAUAAUCAAUUGUGAUUUUUUUAUUCCUAAUGCAAAGAAAUUCAGAGAUGUUCACAAUCAUUAAUGAAUUCACCUUCAGAUUACCAGAGCCAUAUAUGUAUUUAUGUGUUAUCUGAAUUUAUCCAUGACAAACAGCAAAACUGAAGAGAAGGUUUUCAAGGGAAAUAAACUGUUUCACUUCAUUUUUUUAAUUGAAUAAUUAUCUAGUUAGAACUUCCAAAAAGAUAACUUAUAAACCUCAUUCACAAAUUAAGUUGAAACUUGAAAUAACUUCUGAAGUUAAUUAUCACAUCUUUUAAAAGGACAUUUUUAUACAUAUAAGCACAAUUAUAAGUAUAUUCUCUCCUUUUGAGAAAAUAAUUUGGAAUAAAAUGGAAAUUAGAUAAUGAAACCAAAAACCACCUCACACUUAGGCCUUAUUUAAUGUAUAAGCAGUUUCUAUGCACAAGCAAAUAUUAAGCCAAACAUAUAGUUAGGACUGUUACUGUCUUCAUGUUAUACUUCAUGUAUUUCUGUCUUUAUUUGUAAAAAUUGUCUUAAUCAUUGGUACCUUUGCCAAGACAAAGAUCCGAAUUAAUAAUUUUAGAUACUAUAAUGAUAUUCUUAGGUAACUUUUUUAUCCUAUAUAUAGACUUAUGAUCACAUGAAUUGUAAAAUAGAAGCCUAACGCAUUUUGAAUUCCUGGCUUUUCCACUUUAAUCUCCUAUGUUUUAUAAGACUACCUAGGUUCAGAUCCUUCCCUACCAUCUCAGUGUAUGACCUUGCACAACUACUUAAUCUCCUUGUGCCUCAAUUUCCCUUUUUAAACUGAGGAUGAUGAAGAUAAUAAUAAUACUACCUACCUCACAAGGUUGUUGUAACAAAUGAGAUGACACGUGUAAAAUACUGAAAACAGCUCCAAGCACAGUGUAAGUACUUAAUAAAUACAUUAGUAAUACUAAUUCACAAAUCUAUUUUUAAUAACAAUAGGCAAACUUGGUUUAAUUAUCUCUGCUUAAGUUAUAACUUUGUUCUCUUUUUAUAAGUUCUGUGCCAAAUAUUAUUAAAGUAAGAUAGUUUGGAUUAUUUCUCAAGUUCAUUAUUCAUGCUGCCCAAUCAAGAGAACAUAAAUAAAGGUAGUAUACAUCAUUUGAUAAUUUGCGUGAUUUUAUUGGGUCAGGCAAUGCUAAUUUGUGUCAUACCAUCUGUUUUGCAUCAUUUAACAAUUUAUGCCAAGGAAUAAAAAAUAUUCUACAACAGGCAUAAUCUCAAUUAUGUUUCACAAAACAUACACAUACACUCAAUAGUUAUAAUAGUCCUGUGCCCAUUUAGCUUCAUGAUGUUUCUGACAAUGGUACCAAGUACUUUAUGGACAGAUGAGCUUGUCCUUCAACAAGCUAUAGGUCAAGAUUCUUGUUUUCCCCAAACUUAUUUCCCUUAAGAUACCAUAAGAAAGUAACUAUGUGGGAUAUGUAUAUUGCUAUUCCUUGACCUGCCAAAUUUACAGGGACAGUAAACCCGUUCUUGAACUUUCAAAUUCAUCCAAACAACUACUUCUUCCCACAUGUCCCACAACUAUGUCAGAUUUCCUCAUCUUCCACUUCUGCCACCUCAUCUCAGCAUCACCAUCCAUCCAGUUGCUCUAACCAAAAACAGAUUAAUCUUGGGGUCUUCUCAUUUCCCAUCAUUCAUUCACCAAUUCUAUCUACUACCUGGUUUUUUAUGUAUUUAUACCCCAAACAAGGCCCCAAACUGUAACUUUACUUGUCCCCCAAUCUAUUUUUCCCUGCUGUUGUUUCUGUAACCUGCUACCACAGAUCAGAUGACCAUUUCCUAUUAUCUGCCACUGGAUGUUAAUAAAAAAUGAUUUAUUCUAGCUAAAACACUGUCAUUUGCUUGGAUUA